CACACUGACACUGACGCAAACAAAUUGCGAUUCUGUAUUGUACUACCAUAAAAUCAAGUUAUUUCGCCACAACCGAGGACCUGAUCCGAUCUGAUCCGAUCCCUGCAGUCCAUGAGUGCGAACCUAAAGAACAUCAAGCUGGGCCACUUCGGUGGCGGCGGAUCCGGCGGAGCGCCUAGUUCUAGUUCCGGUGGCUUUGGCAUCUCGGCGUCGUCCGGAGGCGCUGGCAAACUGCCCACAAAUGGCACAGGCGGCGGGAAAUCCGCUCCGCCGAGCUCCUUUGCCGAGGCCGAGGUGCUGGCCACGCCCGGAGGCGUCGUUAUACCCAUAAUCCGCACCCGGGAUGUGGCCAAGUUGCUGCCCACCAUUGCCACCGCUCUGCAGCGUCCGGCGGAUGAUCAUUUGGCCGCCGAGGAUUUAGACGCAGUGCAGCUGGAGCUGGAGCAGAUGCUCUCGAAUGUGGCGCUGCGCACGCGUGUCCUGAAGACGGAGUACGACAGCUUGGACAAGGAUGAGAAGCGCCAGGAUCGCCGGAAGCUUGACCGCGUCCCAGGAUCGCCACCUUGCCCGGCUAGUAUGCUAAACGGCUUGCUCGGCAUCGGCAGCAACUCCUCCACGAGCCUGGGCAGUCCCCUGGGUGGCGGCGGCGGUGGAGGCGCCUCCUCCUCCAGCCAAUCCAAGCGAAAGCGCGAUGAACCGACGGGUGUGCGCAAAAAGCACUCCUCGAUGACCAUUCUCAAGCAGCAGCAGGGCGUGGCCGGCAGCUCUGCGAAGCAUCAGGCCAAGAACAGCCCCCUGGCCGUGCACACCGACGACAGCAUGGACUACCUGCCCAACCUGGUGGCUGCCAACGCCUCUGGCUCCGUGCUGCCGCACCACCAGCCACUGCCCCAGUUGCCCAAGGUGGCGGUGCCCAAGAACGACACGCCCAACAAGUUCUGGCUGUCCGUCGAGCCCUACUGCAUGCCACUGACCAACGAGGACCUGCGUCUGAUCGACGACCUGCUGGAGCAGUAUCGUGGCCCGCUGGUGCCGCCAGUGCCCACGCUGGGUCCCCACUACUCCACGGUGUGGGCCCAGGAGGACAUGAAGGCCCUGCAGCCGGGCGGCACACGCCUCAAGUCGCAGAACGCAAGCGGAAUGCUGAAGAAGGCCGAGGGCAUGGUGGAGGAGAGCAUCACGGGUCCGCUAACCCAGCGCCUGGUGUCCGCCCUAAUGGAGGAGUCCCUGAUGACGCUGCCCAGCGAACAGGCAGCGGUGGGGGAGCACAGCAACAGCACCACGAGCAGCAGCAACGAGAACACCCACUCACUCUCCUCAUCCUCGGCGAAUGCGGCGGCGGCGGCUGCAUCCGGCAAUUUCCGGUCUCUGGCCAUGAUGAAACACGGCGUGGGCAUCGAGCAGCGCCUGAAGAAGACUCUCAUCGAGAACGGCCUCAUUGACGCCAGUGAGUUUGCGGCCCAGGAGGACGUGGACGAGGUGCUGCUGGAGAUCAAGCGGGUCACGACCGAGAUAAGCAGUAUCUCGCAGUUCAACAGCGAGGAGCUCAAGCGACUCCGCUCCGCCGCCAGCGAGGAGAUCAAACGGAUCGCCAUUAAGCGGAAAUUGGACACGGUCGACCAGGAGAUACUCGAGUGCUACAAGCGGAUGCUGCAGUAUCGGGCCAAGCGCAAGGGCCACACCAUCGAGGAGAAGCAGGAGAUCCUGCGGCUGACCAACGAACAGCGCCUGCUGGCCGACCAGUUGGAGCGGAUGCAGAUGCAUCAGCCAUGCGGCAGCGGCGGCGGCGCUUCGGGCUCCCUGCUCGAGCCCAAGAUGUAGGACAGGACCCUGGCCUGGGGCUGGUGCCAGCUAAUGGCCAUGCAUCAGGCAAAGAGGCAGGUCCGGGACGCUAGCCUCAAGCUGCAGUGUGUCUGAGGGGAACCCCGUCUCCGUCUCCUCCGUCUCGCUCCCUUUCAUUUCGCCAGACUGUACAUUAGCAAAGAGGCGUCCAAGGUGUGAAUUGUAAGGAGAAUGUGGCUAGGUGCUCAGUGGCAUUAAUAAGCCCAGCAUAAUAUCAGAUUUCGGUUUCCCCCACCCAAGUCAAAAGCCAAUAACUUCCCUACUCUGUAUUCUUAUCUUUGUCGCCAGACUGUACAUUAACAAAGAUAUAUACCAUAUAGUAUGUAGAGUUCGAGAUUAAUGUGGAUUCAAAUAUUAAGAUAAGAUAUUCAAAGUGGCGGGAAGUAACCUAUGGUUAAUUCUAAGCGCUGAUCUUUUGUGGAAACCCCAGUUAUGCUAUUUUAUGACCUGAAUGUUUCAAGACAAAAUAUCAAAUAUAUAUAUUUUCAUGAAAAAAAAUAUAUAUACUUCCAUUCUCUUAUAAAAUUGCUAAAAAUGGAUUGCAUAUUUCCAUAUUCUAUGGCUUAAUACCAAAUGCUAGCUUUGGCUUUGUAUAUAGAGAUAGCAUACAUAAGAUCUUAUAACAAAAAUAAAUUUACAUUUGAAUUAGAACCUUCAAGUACUAGAGUUACCCACAGAUUACUAUCCGUCUCUAGGAAUCGAACGAUUUUUUUUUUUUUGGUUGAGCCCACCCUAUUUAACACUCCCAAAUACGUACACUUUGUAUAGCUUAAGUAUUCGCGCGGCAAUAAAGUUGUCACUAUCGAGAGUAAA